AGCCGGAGGCAUGUUCCGAAGGCGAUGCGCGUAGACUUUCGCUGGGCGCCUGGCGCCCGCGAGAGGUUUCGUCACUUCUCUAGGCUACUGGCGCGGAUGAAGGACACAGACGGCUGGAUGACCGACUUGUCGCAGGCCGACAUGGAGGUGCCCGUUCCCAAGCUGCCCGCCGGCAUCAUCUCUGCCGAGUCCUUCGGCUGUAUCGAAAUGUUGGGAGUACUCCCUCCACCGGAGAAAGGCUGGCAGAGGCAAGGGAAGUCUGCCGAUGGCAAGGCAGCGUGGCUUGCAAACAAGGUGGCCCCCGAUUGGAUCUACAACAUGAACGAGCAGAAGUACUACCACGCACCCAGCAAAAGCUGGUGGGAGAAGCGUCCCCUCGAGUCGCAAGAUCCCAAGGCGCCACCCUACACUUUCGUUCGAACCGACGCAUUCCACUUGAAGGCCUUGCGACACUUUGCUGCAUCCUUGGACUCCGGCGCUCUGCCUGCUCACAACACGAGAUUCCCGCAACCAAUGUGGCGUGGAGCCCUGGUGGCUGGUCUGGGGGUGGCUGAGCUGAGCUGCCCUGCAGGACCUGGCGGCGAGGCAUGUCGCCUGUCAGCGGCUCCGAGCUGGCGGAGCUUCGGGCGUUGCGCGAUCCCAGCAGGGAACGACCUCGGGGAAGCCUUGUUUUUGACUGCAGCAGAGGCCAAGGAUCACUGCGAGGCUCAGGAGGCCUGCGCAGCCUUCACCUUCGAGGGAGAGGAUCUGGAUGGCCUGUCUGAAAGCCCUGUCUGGGUGCACUUCAAGACGAGCUUCGACUGCGUGGAUGCGGCGUGGGUGGCCUGGCGCAAGGUGGAUUCGGCCCCGGAGGACUCCAGAGCAGUGUCUGCCUUCCGUGGUCAACAUGACCUAACUGGCCUGGGGGUAGCCCUGUGCUUGAUGGGACAGGUCCGCAUGUUGUCCCACACCCACGUUGCCUUGGAGCAGCACGUCUUGCAGGUUCUGAAGCCUGACGUUUUUUUGUAUGGACCUCGCGGAUCUGACGCCGAGCCGGCUCCAGAAUUGCACAGUCUCGAAGAUUAUGUGGUGGAGGAGAAGUGGGAGGUGGAGAGCAUCCGUGACCGCCUGUAUGCCGAGACGCGGAAUCCGAGUCGAACGAUCGAUGUCGAGUACGUGCAGGUGCAGGGCAAUUGGUUUGGAAGCGAGUGCCUGGACCCGCCGUUGCAUGAUAAACGGCCUGGAAGUGCUAUCUGCUGGUAUUACAGUCAGCAGAAGUGUUUGGAGAUGAUCCAGAAGCAGGAGCAUCAGAGAGGACAGCCCUAUCAAUGGGUAGUCGUUUCACGCUUUGACUUUCGGUGGUUGGCGCCGCACCCACCGCUGGAGCUGUUGAAGGCGGAUGUGGUCUGGAUUCCCUCAGGCAGUGACUGGGAGGGUGGAAUCAAUGAUCGCCAUGCUGUGAUACCUCGUCGACAUGCCGAAGGCUAUUUGAGCUCCUGGAAGAUUUUAACCUCCGGCCGCGCCAGGGACGUAAUGCUGGACACUCUUGGCGCCAUGAAGGUGAACGGUUUUCCGGGGCCGAACACAGAGAACUUCUUGAAGGCUCGACUCCAGUUCCUGGAGGUGGAGUACGAACGUUUCCCGAACGUGGCUUACCUGACCUGCACACUUCGCGAGAAAAGUCGAUGGACCCAGUGCUUCGGAACCGCCUCCAACAAUGCUCCAGGCUGGCUCUAUAAGGAGGAGAUGGAACACGCAACCCGCAUUGCCAACUGUGUACGCUCCUCGUGGAACAGGCGAAAGAUGGAGGACUGUGCGGAGGACAUCUCACAUCUGUACCGUGGGCUGCGGCCGCUCGCCUGGCAAUCCUGGACUCUUUACGUCAAGAAGAAGAAGGCGGCAGUUCAGAUCGCCGCGGCGCCGGUGGUGGAAGAAGUCCAGCAUGUGGAAGAUGCAGGUGCAGACCUUCCAGCUGAAAGGGAAGAGAUCGAGCCGAAGCUGCCCCAGCUGCCACAGCUGCCAGACAAUUCCGCCAUCAUCGCGGCCAUCGCCAACGCGCCGGAAGACGAGGAAGGUGAAGAAGAAGAGGAAGCAGAAGAAGAUGAAGAAGUGGCAGAGGAGGAGUCUGAACGGCCGACUGCCAAAGCGCCAGUCAAGACCAGAAAGAAGGGCUGGUGCUUUUGCUUUCGUUCGCGGGCACCGGUCGAUUCCGAUUCCGGGAGUGAGCAGGAGGAGGCCUCCCCGCUUCUCAAGGCCGCUGCUCCGAUUGAGCCGGCCGCUGCCAAGCCGCCGCCCCCCUCGGAGCGGACGGCCUCCACAGCCACCGGCAGUGCCUCGCAGGAUGCAGCCGUGACGGACACUUCACGAAGUAUUGGUGCCACCCUGAUGCUGGAAAGGCUUUUGAACUUCCGCGUCGUCGUCCUGGCUGUGCUUGCAUGGCAGGGAGCUGCGAAGGACAUCCUCCAGAAGGGCGCCCUGAACGCAGACGACGAGUGCGUUGCUGAGGGUGAAGGCUGCGGGCUCAAUGCCCUGCAGCUCAGAGGCGCCUCUGUCGGCGUGCCCAUUGUCGGGGACGUCAUCGAUGAGCUGGAGGACCCAGAUGACGAGAUUGAGGAGGCCGAUGAGGAAUCUGAUGAGGAAGAUGAGGAAAAGCCGGCAAGUGCCAAUGUGACGGAGCAGCCACAGGCGACUCCAGAGCCGGAGCAAUCAGAGGAGGAGGACAAAGAUGAUGAGAAGGAGGAGGAUGAGGAGCAGGAGGAGCAGGAAGAGGAAGAGGAUCCGGUGACAACGACAACGAUUGCCGGCGAGCCUCAUCCCGAGGAUGCGGUCUGUGCAAAACCCGACCAACAGUGUGGUGGCCAGUGGUACUAUGGGCCGGCCUGCUGCACUCACGGACACAUCUGCUACGAGGUGAACCAGUACUACUCGCUGUGCGUGACCCACGCAAAAGCCGAGGAGAUGGCCAGGCUGGAAAACAUGACGACCACCACCACGACAACCACCAAUGCAGAUCCGCAGCACUGCCGAGUGGGUUACGAGCAAUGUGGCGGUUAUGACAAAGCUACCGGGGCCAAUUACUCCGGCACCACAUGCUGUCACGCGGGCUUCUAUUGCAAGAAGACCGACGAGUACUUCUCCCAGUGUGCUCCCGUCGACCGGAACAGCUCCUUCAUGCCGUACAAGCCGACGGAGAAGCUGGAGGAGCCGAGCAAGGCGCCCCUCUUCACCUUCUAUGUCUACCGCGCUGCACGAGAGGAUGAUGACUAUGUCGAGAACAUCAAUGUCGGAGAUCUUGCUGGCACCUUGUGGUAUCUGCACAACGAGGUCGUGUGGGUGAGACCCCGGAAGUUCGGAAUCUCUCGCAUCAUCCGGUACAAGAUUUCGACUCGUGCAACACAGCCUCUGUACGAUUUGGGAAUGAACUUCGGCGUCCGUUACUCGUACGACGCAGCCCAGUGCACUGGACCAUGGUCGUGCGAUUUGAACUACGAGAAGUUUGGGUACUUUGUUGGAUGCAACAACUUGGGCAUGUUCCCUUUUCCGCUUUACGACACGCACUAUCCCGAUGCAGUCUGGUAUGCGCUCCCCGGGGACUGCUCCUCCAAGGAUUACGAGGACAAGGACCCGAAAUGCAUCGCAGAGCAGCCUGGCGGCCGCUGCGAGGGUGAGCCCACCGGGCAAGGCAAUUGUACCUACAGCAUCGAGAUCAUGGGCUCCGUCACGAUUGACGAAAUCGAAGGAAUCUCGAACUACCAUGACUUCAUCCACACAGGAGACCAGGUCGAGUACAACAAGACCUUGGACAAGGGUGUGGGCAUGACUUUCUGGGACGGCAUCAACGACACUGCCAAGAAUACGGAGCGUGUGGAGAAGGUCCGGAAGAUCUUCGAAACGAAGUUUCCGGACCAGGCCACCGAUGAGGAGAUGAAGCCUCCAGCGUGCGACUUUGACUUCGAGGUCUUUUAUAACACAACCACGACCACAACCACAACCACAACCACCAUCAGCACCAGCACAACCAGCACAACCGGCACAACCGGCACAACCACAACAACUGCCGCAGCGACUACAACAGCCGCUACAGAAAGUGCAGCCACCACGGCUGCGUCAACCACGGAAGCCUCGACCACGGUUGCUGCCGCGACAACUGCCAGCAGCACUGUGAGCGAGACUACGUCAGCCACGGAGGUUGCUACUGCUGCCCCCAGCACCGCCACGACCACCGCAGCUGAAAGCACAACGGCCGAGACGGCGACUGCAAACGCCUCCGAGUCAGAGUCCUCCGUUGAGGCCACGACCAGCUCCCCCGAGCUCAGCAAUGUCUCCACCACCUCGACGUCAACUCCAAAGGGCUGCAAGGAUGCUGUCAUGGGCUCCCACUGCUACUCCUCAGUGAUCUGGGCCAUGGAGCACGGUCUCAAGCUGCAUCCGACCUGGUAUCCGGGCCUUACGUCCGAGUCGACCUUCGCCGAAUUCCAGGAACGAGUGCACCACGUCACGCCGGACGUGUGCCCGGUGCCCUGCACGGCGAAAGCCGGCUGCCAUGAUCCGGUGGAGGGUGAGUCCUGCUACUCUGCCGUGAAGUGGGCAAUGAAAUCGGGCAUCAUUAAGCAUCCCCACUGGUACCCUGGGCUCACCACGGAGUCCUCUUUCAAGGAGUUCCAGGUUGCAGUUCACAAGAAGCUUCCAAAGAAGUGCAUGAUGCCUUGCUCACCCUGA